AUGAACCCUCCCGAACAACCUACAAACAACAGCGGUCAGCCUAGUAGCUCUGGUGCGGUAUGCCGUACAUGUGGACAGCAUGUGGAAACAAGCAUGGAUACCCAUAGAAAACAAUUUCACCAAAAGCAAGUUACGGUAACAUUGCGCAAUUAUGCAACGCUUACUAUUGUAGUAGACAGGGUCGGCGACGGCGCGCCAGGCUUUGUAACAUGCCCGCAAUGCCAACAUGUUGAAGGCGUCUUGAACUUCCAUCGCCAUUUCGUUGACACUUGCAAUGCCCUUCUUGAUCCUGCAACAGUUAGCCAGUCGCGAUUAUACAGAGCUCCACGUCGACCACAGCCGCAAGAAAGCCGGUCCAUGUCACCUACAUUGCCUGCUCAACAACCUCGUUCUGCCCACCGCCGCGCACAUCCACAAUAUCUAGCUUUACAAGCAGUAGCAGCGCCAGCAGUGGUCCAGCAGCAGGUUCAGCAACAGCAGCCCGAGCUACAGCUGGGAUCGAUGGACGUUGAUGAACAACAAGAACGGCAACAGCAAUCGCCAGAGCAACAACCGGUACUAAUGGAUGUUGACAACGAUGAAGAAGCGCCAAUGGCUCAUGAGCGUGCUGCUUUGAUUGGCAGAUUGGGUCUUAUUAUUGACCCAUAUAGCCAUAUCCAGUCAGCCCAUCGUAUGCUCGCUCCCAGUACUAAUCAAUACUCGCAAGAAGAAUUCACCAAUCUACUGUAUGCCCAAGGUGCCAAAGGAGUUGAUGUGACAAACAAAUACCGGUAUGCACAGCAUCUUACCACCGAACUGCUUCCUUGCGUUGCGGCAGCAACACGUCGUCAUCACCAUUGUCCUGUCUCAUCCACUGGAUCCUAUGAUGAACGUUUCAGCCGCUGUCUGGUGCAAAAACUCGGUGCACGUCAAGAUAUGCCAUAUUUUGGCGUCUUAUCCAACAACAUCAACAUCGAGAGUAACAACCGCCUACUUUCUACUGCCCCAGAUGUUCUUCGUGCCGCAUUGCAGCGUUGUGCUAGUGAGAACAUGAACGUCUUGCAGCAUUAUGGCGUUCAGCACCUAAAUCGCGAGCCCAACACGGCCGAGCGCCGUGCAGUUGGCCGCUUCCACGAGAUUAUGCGCUGGGAAAUGAUUGUACGGAAAACUUUGAACGCAACACCAGAUACCACCGAGUCCCGCGCAGAGCUUGCUAGAUGGGCUUCUUUAUCUGACGUAAACGACGAAACUGGCCGUUCGAUCCAUGCUACGGUGACAAGAUACUUGAAGGUUAUUGAUCGAACUACUCGCGGCACCUCUUAUUACCUCGAGCGCCGAAUGGUGAUGGGCUUAAGCUAUGACGAUGUGCCCAACCGAGUGGGUAUUAUGAGCCACAACCAGUACCUGUGCGUCUGCUAUCUUAUGGAUGUUCUGGCUCGGGCAGAUUUUCCUACUGAGGAUUCUACCAUACCUGAGGAGGCAUUGCAUCGCCUUCAGGACUUGAACGAAACCCUAUUAAUGAGUAGGGAGUGUGGGACCUUUCGUAUUUGGCCUGCCCGGUUGUUUAUGGUGUUAUCCAACAUCACUCAAGCAGGAGCCUGGAAAGAACUCCCAAAAACUACAUCGGAUAUUGCCAAGCUACAGUACUUUGUCCGUUUGACUGGACUAGUCAAGUUACUUGGGGCAGAAGACAUUAACGUCCUGACAGCUAGCCCAGCAGCAACAACAGCAACACAAGAAGAACCGCAAUAA